AUGCCUUCUCUCCUUGGGCAUGCCGAGCCAAACGGCGUUUUUCAAGAGACCAAUGGCCAUCGCAGGCCCGAAACGCCCGCUGGCCGCAUGGCCUUGACCGACUACAGCAUCAACCCCUCGCCGUCAUCGGAGGAGAAAAGAGCCAAGUUGCGACAAGCUGUUCCCGACGACCUGUUGCUUCCCAACGGCUAUCCCGAUUACCUUCGCAUGAUUGCAUGCGCUACCUCCAGAGUCUACGAAGCUUGCAAAGUAACACCACUUAGCCCGGCAGUUAACCUCAGCAACCGGCUCGAAUGCAAUGUUCUCCUUAAGCGAGAGGAUACACAGCCCGUGUUUAGCUUCAAGCUGCGCGGCGCGUACAACAAGAUGGCGCAUUUGGACCCUGCGCUGAGCUGGAAGGGUGUUGUGUGCUGUUCCGCCGGUAACCACGCUCAAGGCGUUGCCUAUUCGGCGAGAAAGCUUAAAAUCCCUGCUACCAUUAUCAUGCCCGAAGGGACACCCAGCAUUAAACACAUGAAUGUGGCGAGAUUGGGCGGCCAUGUGGUGCUGCACGGCGCUGACUUUGAUGCUGCCAAGGAGGAGUGCGCCCGACGGGAAAAACAAGACGGGCUUAUCAACAUCCCCCCCUUUGACGACCCUUACGUCAUUGCUGGCCAGGGAACUAUUGGAAACGAGCUGUUUGGACAAGUAAACAUGUCCAAGGUUGAGGCCAUCUUUUGCUGCGCCGGCGGCGGCGGUCUCAUUGCCGGCAUUGGCUUCUACGUGAAGCGCAUGGCGCCCCACGUUAAAAUCAUUGCUGUCGAGGCAUAUGAUGCAAAUGCCUUGGCCCAAUCAUUGAGAAAAGGCGAGAGAGUUGUGCUCAACGAGGUUGGAUUGUUUGCUGAUGGCGCCGCUGUCAAGACGCUCGGCGAGGAGACAUUUCGUAUCUGUCAGGAUGUCGUCGACGAAGUCGUCGAGGUGACGACGGAUGAGAUUUGUGCUGCCAUCAAAGACAUGUAUGAUGAUACGCGAUCCGGCCUGGAACCUGCGGGGGCACUGUCUAUUGCCGGCCUGAAGAAGUACGUCUCCCAGCACCCCUCGCAAGACCCGAACCGCACCCUCGUGGCCGUGACGUCUGGGGCGAACAUGAACUUUGACCGUCUUCGAUUUGUUGCCGAGCGUGCUGCUGUCGGUGAAGGCAAGGAAGUUCUGUUGGCCAUCACCAUUCCAGAGAGACCGGGGGCGUUUGCCAAACUCGUCGAUACCAUCAUGCCUUAUGCCGUCACCGAAUUCAACUAUCGAUUCGCCGACCAGAACGUUGCCAAUGUCAUGAUUGGCUUGUCCUUGACGGCACCACCGGCAAAGAGAAACGAGGAACUCUCCAUGCUUAUCGAACGCAUCCGAGCCGAAGAUAUGGUGGUGACGGACCUCUCUGGUGACGAACUGGCCAAAAGCCAUCUCAGGUACCUCGUAGGCGGUCGUUCUGGCGUCGCCAACGAGCGGCUGUACAUGUUCAGCUUUCCUGAGCGACCUGGAGCAUUGGAGCGGUUCCUCAAAGCCCUUCGGCCUAGAUUUACCAUUAGCCUUUUCCACUAUCGAAACUAUGGUGGUGACAUUGCCAAGGUGCUGGCGGGUAUCUCAUGUCCCGAAGAAGACAGCGGUGAACUGGCGCAGUUCCUCAAAGAUGUCGACUAUCCGUUUGAGGAGUGCACGAACUCCGAGGUAUUCAAGACGUUCCUGAGAUCAUGA